AUGGCUGUGAGGAAGCGGAAGCCUAAGCCUCCGCCCAAGGCAAAAGCGGAGCCAGAAUAUGGAUCUGAGUCUGAAUCGGGAGAGGAACCUGAGCCUGAACCCGAGAAGAAUCCCAAGCCGAAGCCCAAACCCAGAGCUUCCCCCCAAGCAACCCUGCCGGAAGGCCGAAACAAGAGAGUGCAUCUGAAGCAAGCCCUGCCAUGA